AUGGAAUGGAACUUUUUUGUUUCAGUGACCGUGCAGUCGGACGGUGUUGGCGUCCUGCCACGAAAAUUCACGAGGUUUUUGAUAUCCGUCGAGCCCGAGAGCGAGGACGACACGGCAGAGAGCGGCAUCUUCGAUCUCCAAGAGGAGACGUUGUCGAGGUACUCCGAGACUUGUCCGAAUGCCGUUGUGGAGACCUCGAAGGUUGCCAAAGAAGAGAUUUCCGUGGCGUGGACCAGCCCUUCCGAAGGUAGCGGUUGCAUAUUUAUCAGGGCGACGAUAUUGGAGACGCCGGAUACAUGGUACAUGGACGAUCAGAACUUAGGGAUAAAGAUAUGUCAAGACUCGAAGGCCGAAGCGGACGACCAGGGACAGGUUCUGAAAAAGUGCUGCGCCUGCGAGGAGGCCAAGUACGAAGUUACUUUCGAGGGACUUUGGUCUAGAAAUACUCACCCAAAGGCACGUGAGAGAGAGCUUGUCAAAUAAAAUCGACAAACAGAAAUGCAUAGAACCCGCUAUCGAUCUUCUUGUUUAAAGCGUCGACGUCUCCUCGAUGAGAAAACUCUCCUCCUUUCUUCUCUUUGCUCGAAACUUUCUUCCUUUUCUUCUUCUUCUUCUCCUUCUUCUUCUUCUUCUUCUUCUUCUUCUUCUUCUUUAUUAAAGUUGGAAUAGGAUGA